CGGCGCGCUGUCUGGGAAACCCGAAGGAGCUGAUGGGCGGGGCUCUACGUCAAACAGUUCUCCGUCACGGGGUGGGGCGGGCCUUCCCAGGGGAUUUAAUUCGGGCCAAUAAUUUUUCUAUUGAGCUCCUACUGUGAAUCAGACGCUGAAUGCACUGUGCUUUGGAGAAACAGAUGAAUGAAAUCAGGGACAAGUCAUUCAGUGUGCAUCUAGUGUGGCCCUUGUGCUGGUUCCCCGCCGGUGGGUCGUCUGUUCCUAAUCUGUCCGUUUCUGGAGACCCUGAGCAAUGUGAAGGGCUGUCGAAAUUUUGCUCUUCCAGAGUCUCUCCGGAGUGCAGAUCCCUUGGCUGUAGGGCCAUGUUCCCCCUUCCUCUAAAGCCUUCCCCGACCAUAUAAGGAGAGCCAGCUGCUAGGGGCGUCCCAAGGAUCUAAAGAUAGUAGUCCCUGGCUUAGAGUCCAAGCGCCACUGGGUAGCGGAGAGCCGCCAUGGCAAGGCAGCAUGCCCGGACGCUGUGGUACGACAGGCCCAAGUACGUGUUCAUGGAGUUUUGUGUUGAGGACAGCACCGAUGUCCAUGUGCUCAUCGAAGACCACCGUAUUGUGUUCAGGCUCCAUUGUCUCCUCAGCUGCAAGAAUGCCGAUGGAGUGGAGUUGUACAAUGAGAUUGAAUUCUAUGCUAAGGUGAACUCCAAGGACUCCCAGGAUAAGCGCUCUGGUCGCUCCAUUACUUGCUUUGUGAGGAAAUGGAAGGAAAAGGUGGCCUGGCCCCGACUCACCAAAGAGGAUAUCAAGCCAGUGUGGUUGUCUGUGGACUUUGAUAACUGGAGGGACUGGGAAGGGGAUGAAGAGGUGGAGCUGGCUCAGGUGGAGCAUUAUGCAGAGCUUUUGAAGAAGGUCAACACCAAGAGACCUCCCCCUGGCAUGGAUGACCUGGAUGAUGAUUCUGACAGUGCUGAUGCAACAAGUAAUUAACUUCUCUGUGGCAGAGCUGGGAAGGAAGCUGGGGCGCCUUCCUUUUUUAAAAAAUUUAUUUGACAGAGAAUGCAUAUGAGUGAGCAGGGGAAGGGGCAGAGGGAGAGGGAGAGAGAAUUUCAACAGACUCCCUGCUGAGCCCAGAGCCUGAUGUGGGGCUCGAUCCCAGGACUCUGAGAUCAUGACUUGAGCUGAAAUCAAGAGUCGGCCACUUUACUGACCGAGCCACCCAGGCACCCCUUUUGGGAAGCUCUUUUUAAGGGUCCUCUUCAUGUAUUAUUUCUUCUUCCUAGGCACCUGAGUACGGCUGCAUCAGAUAGCAGGAUAGGAGAGGAGUAGGCUGUUGGGGCUCCUGACUUUCUACCAAUUACCUGUCAUCUUUGUGUUUAGACCAAUCCUCAGUUCUCUGUUGAGUAUUCGAGCAUGUGUAUUUACUUGGUAGAGCAAAAGCCAAAGAAGCAGCAGAUAGAUGGUAAUAAAUCUGUAAGAACUGUUCUCUGUCUCUUUUCUUCUUGCACUUGUUCCACCUGGAGGCAGACCUCUUUUACCUCUGUUGUUCCUCUCAAGGGGAGGGCGGGUGUCACAGAUCCUGGUCCUCCUGGUUGAGAUGGAAGCAGAAAGAUGUUGGGAGCAGGCUUGUAGCCAAACUGGGGAACUCUCCCAUGCCCAGGUCAGUGCUCCUGUUUCUCAGAACGUAACCAGCCUUUGCUAUAUUGCUACCCCUAGAACCAUGUACCUAUUGCCACCCCUAGAACUAGCCAGAAACCCACCUCAGCUUUCUGCAUACUCUAGAAAUUCUUUAUACUUUCAAAGCUAAUUGUUACAUUAGUUAAUGCCUAUAUUUGCCUACUCUUCUGUUCAUCAGCUACCUCAUUCAUCCAUAAACAUUUUUUGAGUGUAUAACGUGUACUUAAAAAAAUGCCAUA